GUAUUUUGAAUGUGAUUAUUGUGUGAUUUGCUCACAAUAAAUUAAGGCUUGGCGCUCCGCAUAUUACCGUCUUUUGCACGCUGACACUCUGACAUGUCUGAGAAGGCUAGAUAAGUUGAUGGUCUGGUUAAUCAGUCUAGGACAUAGUUCGUGGACUUUACUGCCUGUAAUUGCAUGGACCAGACUUCUGAGUGUGGACUAAAGACCAGCUAGAGAAGAAAUGGGAACUCAAUGGAAGCCGGCUUAUCAGAGUUCCAGGGGUAUCCUUGCCAUUACUGGAUUGGUACUCGUUCACCUCGCUCUGGGCUCUCUGUAUUCAUUCGGUAACAUAGUGGUAUACAUUGUAUCUUACAUCAGAUACAAAGGAAUUGAUCCUCAUCUGACUUAUCAGACGGUGGCACUGAUAGCAGCGGCAAUGAAAGUUGGGCAUGGCCUGUCGAUGCCAGCCGGAGGUUAUUUAGAAAAAAGAUUUGGAGUAAGGGUAGCAACAUUCAUCGGGGCUGCCGUUUUCAAUUUGGGAGUAUUUGCCUCGGCAUGGGCAGUGACAGUUUCAUUUUACUUCUUAAUUUUCACCUAUGGCAUCCUGUUUGGUGUCGGGUGCGGACUUGCCUACACCCCUCCUUUGAUCUGUGUUAUGAAGUGGAUGCCCAAUCAUAAGGGUAUGGUCAGCGGUUUGACUGUGGCCGGAUACGGAGCCGGUUCUUUGGUGUUCAAUCUCGUCCAGACGCUCUUUAUAAACCCGGAUAACCUCAAACCUGACAUCAGGGACAACGGACAAGGUGCUGAACAAUGGUUUUAUUCUCAGAACGAGGUCCUGGAUCGCGUUCCGUUUUCUUUUAUUCAACAAGGAAUCAUCUUCUCCAUCAUGCACGUCAUUGGCAUUGUUCUCCUUGGUGAUCCACCAACCAUCAUCAAGAGAUCAAGAAGAUACGCCAUCAGACGUAAACAAAAACCGAUAACCGAGAAAUCGGGUAUACUGAUGAACGAACGACCUCUAUCAAGUUCCGACAAUGACCGUGACGACGGCGGUUCAGCGACCGCAGAGGGCGCUACAGGAGAUCUGCACCACGAACAAUCUUCUACGGGUGAGAGUGCCAACGCUGGAAUUGAAGCCGGGACAGCGAUCGCUGAGGAAACUGAUGGAGACAAGUCCCAUCUAGAAAACGGUGCUUCGACCUCGACAUCGAGGUCGCCCGGGGAAUCGUUGGGCGACCUGGACCGGAGAUGGUCUGGGAAGACGCUGGCGCCGUUGGAGAUGCUAAAGGACUGGUCCUUCUGGCAUCUUGCCUCAUCGUUCACCAUGAAUAGUUUUGUCAUCCUCUACAUUACGUCUCUAUACAAGGCAUAUGGACAGACCUUUAUUCCUGACGAUCUGUUCCUUGCUGUUGCUGGAUCGUGCGCCUCUGUCUCUAACGCCGUGGGUCGAGUGUUCUGGGGACAUAUAGCUGAUAGAUUUUCAUUCAAGGUCUCUUUUAUUACUCUGUCUGCCGUAAUGUCCGUCUUCACAUUUACAUUUGGGCUUAGCUUCUACGGCAGCAAAAUAAUGUUCACCAUUUGGCUGGUUGUCAUAUUCUUCUCGAUAGGGGGCGUCUUUUCUACCGCUCCAACGGCCACAUCAAGGGCGUUCGGAUCUGAACAUCUUGGUGUCAACUACGGGAUUUUAUUUCUGCUCGGGAGCUCCAUAUCGUCUAUCGUCGCUGCCGUCACUCAACAGCCUAUUCUUCAUUUCAUGUCUUGGAAUGUGAUCUUCAUUUUGACCGGAGGAUUUUCGACAUUAGGUAUGAUCAUCGCCAUGUUCUUCAACGUCAAAACACCAGAUGGUGUGGACAUAUAGUCAGAGGAUUUGUUUUUACUUCUACGAUGUUAUUUAACAACAAUAAAACAAAAAUGAUAUGAAGACGAAUGGACUGAAACAGAGAACGGCCUCUGUAUACCUUGACAUAUUUUGCACAAAAACUUUAGACUAACUAACUUUAUGCCACCCAAUUUCUUCCCCCCAUCCUUCGAGCAUUACAAGUGGUUGGAAAAAUUGCACCCUGAAUGAAAACAUUUGUAACCAGUGAUACUGGUGUCGCGAUAUGGGAAGAUGAUUUUAUUACAAAUUCAUUUACUUUUAUAUAUAUCAUGUUACAUAGACAUACCACAAAACAAUUGUACACCUGGAUAUUUAUUUAUUUAGUUAUUUUCUUUUUAUUUUUUUUUAUUUAUUUAUUUUAUUGAUAGGUGCACAAAACCAGAAAGUUGCGAAUUUGCACCUUUGAGUGCACUUAUAGUGUGACAUUGGACGACACCUUUUAUAUAUUAAGGUGCUCAGUCAAUUUCUCUUUUUCAGAGUAUGAUUCUUUUACAGUGCUAUUCGCCUGUCUGGGUUCUUUUUUAGUGUUAUAUAUAGUGCCUGCUGAUUGGUUCCUUUUACAAGGGUAUGCAAAUUAUGCCAAUUAUUAAAGCUGUCUCUGCCCCAACCAAGUGUGCACAGUUUUUCAUGUUGUUUAAAGGACAAGUCCACCCCAAAAAAAAUUGAUUUGAAUAAAAAGAGAAAAAUCCAACAAGCAUAACA